UAUUUAUUGUUGUUUUUUUUUUUCAAUUUAAUAUUUGUUAAAUUUAAUAUUUCUUUAUUUAAAAAAUAAAGAAAAAUAUGCCGCAGGGACAUAAAAAGUCAAAGAUACCAGAAGUAGUGAAGAAAAAGCUACAAAAAAAAGGAGGUGGCAAUGCAUUUACUAGGAGGCCAAAUGCCCCAAUACAAAAAAAGAAAACCAAGUUAACGGAACAGGAUAAGAUAAAGCAAGUUAUUUCCAAAAAAUUAAAUAAAAAUGCCGAAAACGAACUAAGAUCACUUGCUGUUGAAAGCAAUUUAAAUCUGAGCAAGGCGCAAAAGGCAGUUAAGAAAAUACAAGAAUUACCUAAGGGUGAUAAAAUGGAAACGUAACCAAAGCUAUGCCUGAUUCUAAAUUUUUAUUUCCAAAUUAUUGAAAAAAUUUUAAUAAAAAUAGCAUUUAGUACGAAUUUGGAGCAAUUUUAAAUCUUUA